UGCAGCCCUCAGAAGACAGCCGGUGCUGCUGCAGCGAGCCCCGCCUCGAGCCGUGCGGGCGGAUCGCUAUCGGCGCCCUCGGGGUGCAGCCGGAGCGCGUCAGGGGGCACCCGUCAUCUCGGGCGCGGAGGCCGAGCUCCUGCCCCUGAGAAACCCGCAGCUAUUUCCGAGCAGCGGGAGGGCCCUUCCCGGAGGACCGCCUGCCCCGGGGCCGGGACACAGCAGCGGCCUGCAAGCACCGCAGCCCGGCCCCGCGCCGCCUCCGCCGCCCGGCUCGGCUCCGCCCCGCCGCUUGUUGAUGUUUCACUUUGUUUUAAUUCCCGGGUCGCAAGAUGGAGGCGGCGCUGGGACGGCGCGGGCGGCGGCUGCUGCUGCUGCUACUGCCGUUGACCGCCGCGCUGCAGCUGGGCACGUCCGCCGCGCUGCCGCUGGGACAGGAAACAAUCAGAGUCAAUGUUAUGAUGUUGAAAAGCAAUGGAGAAUUUCACAAAGGGCAGGUUGUGUUUAAUAUCACCUAUGUUAAUGGACAGGUAUAUCUAAAUGAUUUUCCUAUGAGAAGUGGAGUUGCUCACAUAACGUGUCAAACAGUAAUAUUGGAGAAUGGAAGCCUGGAUGACAUGGUAGAGCAGCAACGCCUGGGAACUGUCAGCGUUCGCAUCAUGGUUCAUGAGUGGCCUUUGGCAUCCAGUUCUGAUUUGCAGCUGAUUGUCAUUCAGGAAGAAGUGACAGAAAUUGAUGGAAGACAGGUUCAGCAGGAAGAAGUAACAGAAAUAGAUAUCUUAGUGAAGGACCUGAGGGUACUGAGACAUUCAAACUAUACUGUCCCUCUGAAAGAGAGUAUGUUGUAUUCCAUCCCAAGGGACAACGACGUGCUAUUUACGCUUCCCAACCUCUCAGGAAAAGAUAUUCAAGAUCCGCUGCAAACUACCAGUCAGUACCUGAUCUGGCAGGUAGAAACCACGGUGGAUGAAGAGACAUUACCUGGCAAGUUGCCAGAAACACCUCUUAGGAUAGAAACUCCAUCCUCCUACAAGGUGAUGUGCCAGUGGGUGGAAGACUUGAGAAAAUGGCUCUGCAGAUUCUGGUUUAAAUCUUUACCCAUUUUCUUUAAUUUGAUGGAAGUCAUUGUGGUUGGAGUUAUUGGAGCAGCGCUCAUUUUAAAAGUCUUAAAGGUGAUUUUCCCUUCCUGUGAGCCCAAAAGCAUCCUUCUCCUGGAUCAAAUGAGCUUUGUACCCGUGAUUACCAUCAGCUUGCCUUCAGAUGUUCCAGACAGGAAAAAUAAUUUAGAUGAGAAAACACGUACUUAAUAUUAUAUUUACUUCAGAGUUGCUCUUUUUUGUUGUUGUUGUUUGUUUGUUUUUAAUGAAUUUUUAGUUGACUUGAAAUUUGGCACUUGAUCUUAAUACUUUGUUUCCUACUGAGAAAACUAAGCAAGUUUGAUUAAUUGGUAAAAGGAUAGUCAGGAUGAGGCCCAAAGCUGACUUCCUGGUACCUCUUCAUAAACAUGCGGCCUUUUUCAGAAGCUUCAAAAUAAAACAGCUACCAUUGGUUUUAACUUCUGUGAAGUCACUUCUCUACAGCUCAGACAUGAUGCUGGCUGCCUUCACACCUACAAAUAAACCAGCUCUCCUAAGUAGCUAGCUGAUGAAAUUCAGGGUGUCCUGAAGUCUCCAAAUACCACUUUUCAGAAAAAGACAAAGGAGUACAACAAACGUUACGUGUGCCUGCAAGCCAAAACAGAGCUGCCCAACCUGGGUUCAGGUCUCUUAGGGUUGAGUGUGCCUUGCAAGGAAAGUAUCACUACCAAACAUCUGUAUUGCUCAAGUAAUUUGACAUAUAUGCAAAACAAAAUUUAAAAAGGUAGACUUAUAUUUCAAGCACUUUAUACUUUUGUGACCCCCUAAUGCUCAUAAAAAUUGUUAGCACUACUUGUAACUUGGCUCGUUCACAAGGUUCUUUUUGUAUUUGUGACAGUGCUUUGUGACAUCUCAAAAUCAAGGAAAAAAA